AUGAAGACUGACUUGGUGGGGAUCUCAGGCCAAAAGCAAGGGGCCAGCAAGGAGAAGGAGAUGCGUGGCAUAGAGUUAUUGAACACGCAAGGCAGCCUGGACUCCAACAGGGAGGACAGCAGAGCUACUCUUAUCCUGACCCUCACCCUCUGCAAUGUCAGGAGGAUUGAGCUCUCUAAGGCAGCCAAAGUCUUUGAGACUUUUGAAGCUCAGAUACAUCACUUUGAAACCAGAUGAGCCAAGAAGCCCAAGAACUCUGCUGUUGAUAUUUUUGUUGAAUGUGAAGUUCACAGUGCUGAUGUUUGUCCCCUUAUCAUUUCCUUAAAGAGAGUAUCAGAGGAUGUGGGAACUAGCAGUGAAGACAAAGUGCCCUGGUUUCCUAGGAAAGUCCAAGAUAUGGACAAAUGUCACUAUCUGAUCACUAAGUAUGAUCCCAGUUUGGACCAUGGUCACCCUGGAUACACCCACAUGGAGUAUAAGAAACGGAGGGCAUUCUUUGCUGAUCUUGCCUUUAAUUACAGAGCAGGAGACCCUUUGCCUCGUAUUGAAUACACAGCACAGGAGACUGCAACUUGGAGAGAAGUCUACAGGAAGCUGAGCAGCCUUUACCCUACCCAUGCUUGUACGCAGUAUCUGGAUGCUUUCCAGCAGCUGAAGAAAUACUGUGGCUACCAAGAGAAUAACAUACCUCAACUUCAGGAUGUCUCCAGCUUUUUAAAAGAGAGAACGGGUUUCCAGCUGAGACCAGCUGCAGGGCUGCUAUCUGCUCGUGACUUCCUUGCCAGCCUGGCAUUUCGUGUCUUCCAGAGCACACAGUAUAUAAGGCAUUUCUCUUCUCCUAUGCAUUCCCCAGAACCAGACUGCUGCCAUGAGUUACUGGGUCAUGUUCCCAUGCUAGCUGACAAGGAGUUUGCCCAGUUCUCACAGGAUAUUGGACUGGCUUCUCUUGGAUCAUCUGAAGCGGAGAUUGAGAAACUGGCCACAGUUUAUUGGUUCACCGUGGAGUUUGGUCUCUGCAAGCAAAACGGAACCAUCAAAGCUUAUGGGACAGGAUUGCUUUCGUCAUAUGGGGAGCUUAUGUAUGCUUUAUCCAACGAGCCAGAGUACAAGCCUUUUGAUCCAGAAGUGACUGCAGUUCACCCCUAUCAGGAUCAAGCCUUUCAACCUGUCUAUUUCAUAGUGGAAAGUCUGGAAGAUGCCAAGGCCAAGCUUCAAAACUACGCAAUGAAGAUCAAGUAGCCUUUUCCUCUGCACUACAACCCAUUCACCAGCAGUGUAGAGGUUAUGAACACACCUCAGAAAGUCAAGAAGGCACUCUGUCAGAUGAAAGAGGAAUUGAAAAACCUCUGCUUGGCCCUUGAAAACAUCUCUUAAAACUACAACAGUACAACUCACCUGGCACUGAGAUACUUGUAGACAGUUCCAGCACUUGAAGAUUUAGUGAUGAAGUUGUAGUUGCAUAUGAAAGUUUUUAAGCCACAAAACAGCUCUGUUAAGCUAAUCUUUUCAGUGUCAUUUAGGCUGCUGACUUAGCCGCAGUAAUAAGUUCCUGUUGAGUAUAUUUCAAUGACAAGCAAGACCAAAUUACUCCAAUUUUUGGUAAGUGAUAUGAGCUACAGCUGUUUGGAGUGCAUUUAUCUGUUAUUAUUGGUCUCUUACAAUUUUUUUUAUUCACCUGCCACCUUUUCAAGUUAUAUGUCACAGAAUAGCACAGUAACUCUUCUG